AUGGACGAACGAAUUUGCCGCAAUGCCAAUGAUAAUAAUCCAGCAACCUCACAAGACAACCAAACGAGCCAAGAUUGUGAUAAUGCUUCAGUAAUUUCCAAAGAAUAUGUUACAAACACAGUUGAUUUCACAUCUGUUGAGCAGGAACAGGCAACCCCAAUACCUUCCACUUUAAGGCCUUGUAAAGAUGAAACUCCUAAUUGUAAAUCACCGAAAGCAAUGCCGUUGUUAAUAUUUAGUAGACCAACGUCACUUAUUAUGCAUAGCCCAACUUCACAUCCUAUCAAUUUACUUUCUCAAUCACAUAUAUCAAUACCUAAUCAGCCUCAAACCUUAUUUCUCUUGGCAUUAGCAAAAUUAAAUGAGAGUUCCAUUAGUUUAACAAUGACAAAUAACCUUCAUAAUAUGAGUAGCUUGCUAAACAACCAGAAGGGAUAUUUACCAGAACUCUCUCCUCCAGAUUCAUUAACUAGUGCUCCACCUUCAUAUUCAUUUGUGUUACGUCAAAUGACAGCAAGACGGAGACCAAGACUAAUGGGAACUUUUAUACCCUCACCAUCCUUUGUACAACAUAGUCCUCCACCCAAUUAUGCUGCGGCUUUUGAUAUAUAUGUAGAUAAUGCCAUACCACCACCAACUACAAGAGUGUAUAACUUUGGUUUCACUCCUAUGCCUGUUAUUUGCACGGAAUGUGGGUACACAGGUAUGACAAUGGUGAGGGCUAAAGUAACGUUAUGUACACAUUUAUGUGCCUUCACGUUGUGUAUUUUUUGUUGUUGGUUAUGUGCUCCACUUCCAUACGUAUUACGUUCUUGCAAGGAUGUGUAUCAUUAUUGCAGAAAUUGUCGCAACUAUUUGGGAAGGUAUUGUCCUACUAACCCAGAAAAUAAUUAA